CCCAGCCCAGCAGGCCUCUCUACCCCACACUGAGGCUGGAGUCCUGUCCUCAGGUCUGUGGUCUCAGGAAAGGGGGACCAGAGCUGACGGAAAGGAGCUCCUGCAGACCUCAAGCACUUGGGGAGAGAGGACAGAGGGUGGGCUGCAGAGAGCCCCUGGUUGGCACUGCACCAUGGUACGGAACAUGGAUGACCUGGACUUCCAGCUGCCUUCCCAUGCCCAGGACAUGCUGGACGGCCUGCAGCGGCUGCGCUCUUUGCCCAAGCUGGCUGACGUCACGCUGCUGGUAGGUGGCCGGGAGCUGCCCUGCCACCGCGGUCUCCUGGCACUGAGCAGCCCCUACUUCUAUGCCAUGUUUGCAGGCGACUUUGCCGAGAGCUUCUCUGCACAGGUGGAACUGCAGGACAUGGAGCCAGAUGUGGUGGGGCAGCUGGUGGACUUUGCGUACACGGGCCGGCUGACCAUCACACAGACCAAUGUGGAGGCGCUGACACGUGCGGCCUCGCGCCUCCAUUUCCCUGCUGUGCAGAAGGUCUGCGGCCGCUACCUCCAGCAGCAGCUGGACGCCACCAACUGCCUGGGCAUCUGUGAGUUUGGGGAGCAGCAGGGGCUGCUGGGCGUGGCUGCCAAGGCCUGGGCCUUCCUCCGGGAGAACUUUGAGGCCGUGGCACAAGAGGACGAGUUCCUACAGCUGUCCCAAGACCGGCUGGCCACCUGUCUGGCAAGUGACCUGCUGCAGAUACAGUCAGAGCAGAGCCGGCUUGAAGCCCUGCUGCGCUGGGUACGCCAUGACCCCCAGGCCCGGGCCACCCACCUGCCUGAGCUGCUUAGCCUGGUGCAUCUGGAUGCUGUGCCCAGGCCCUGCGUGCAGCAGCUGCUGGCCUCAGAGCCACUGAUCCAGGGGUCAGAGGCGUGCCAGGAGGUCCUGUCCCAAAGCUACAGUGGGGAUCUGCCUAGCCUUCCACAGAAGCUGCAGGAGGUGCUAGUGGUGGUGGGCGGGCGGGCGCUGGAGGAGGACGAGGAGGGCAGCGAGGAGCCCGAUCCCCGUCCCGGAAACUUCGCCUUCUACAACACCAAGGCCAGAAGGUGGAUGGCACUCCCAGACUUUCCAGACUACCACAAGUGGGGCUUCUCCCUGGCAGCACUCAACAAUGAUGUUUAUGUCACAGGUGGCUCACGGGGCACCAAGACAGACACCUGGUCAACCACCCAGGCCUGGUGUUUCCCACUGAAGGAAGCAGUCUGGAAGCCUGUGGCGCCCAUGCUGAAGGCCCGCACAAACCAUGCCAGCACCGCUCUCAACGGGGAGAUCUACGCCAUUGGCGGCACCACCCUAGACACGGUGGAGGUGGAAAGCUAUGACCCCUACACAGACUGCUGGACACCCAUCAGCCCGGCCCUCAAGUAUGUCAGCAACUUCUCAGCUGCCAGCUGCCAGGGCCGCCUCUACCUGGUGGGCUCCAGUGCCUGCAAGUACAAUGCACUGGCCCUACAGUGCUACAAUCCCAUCACAGACACAUGGAGCGUGAUCGCCUCCCCCUUCCUGCCCAAGUACCUGUCCUCACCACGCUGUGCCUCACUGCAUGGGGCACUGUACCUCAUCGGUGACAACACCAAGAAGGUCUACGUGUACAACCCAGGGGCCAACCUGUGGCAGAAGGUGCAGUCCCAGCACAGCCUACAUGAGAACGGUGCCCUGGUGCCACUGGGUGAUGCACUGUAUGUGACAGGCGGCCGCUGGCAGGGCAUGGAUGGUGACUACCACGUGGAGAUGGAAGCCUACGACACUGUGCAGGACGCCUGGGCCCGCCAUGGUGCUCUGCCCCGCCUCUGGCUCUACCACGGGGCUUCCACCAUCUUCCUGGAUGUCUCCAAGUGGACGCAGCCCUUCAGCCCCACCCAGGAGCACUAGGCUAGGGAGAGGCCCUGUGGCAGCUUCUCAUUGUCCUGAGGAAUGGCCCCUUUUAUUUCUGCUUGUUUGUUUACUUGGAGCUGCCAUCCUCUCCAGGGCUUGGGCUGGGCUCGGGCCACCAAGGGAUGUCAGCUGGCAUACCUUAGGAGAUAUAGCCCUGGUCUCAGAAACAACCAAAGCAACAUAGCAAUCAGUGACAAGGACCUGGAUCCUGGCAUCUGCACAGUGGGGAGGAGGCUCUGCUGCCUCUGAUGUUGCCAGGACCUCAGAGAAAAGAGCCGAGGGGCCUGGGACAGCACCCUCAGAACUCAGGGACUCGCCAAUGCCAAUGCCAGCUUUCCCUCUGCCCUACCUGUGGUUUUCUGCAGAGUUACACAAAUGAGCGGCAAACGGGGUGGCCCAGGAUGCUAGGCAGAGCCCUCCCUGGUGGGCCUGCUUCCACCUGGCCCUCAGCCAUGUGGCCACACCCUGCAGCAUCCCCAGUCACCACAUAUGGGGUGGCUCGGGGUAUGUGGCAGGGGGCAGGCUUUGGGCUUGGUGGACUUUGGGUUCUCCCACUCCCAGUCUCUGUUUGUUGGUGCUUUGUUUCCAAAUCUGCUUUGGGGGACUCUUUCUGUAUCCCCUGCCACCAGGAGGGCAAGCCCCACAGAGGCCCUGGGAAGAAAAGGGACUGGAGUACAGGACAAGGAGCAAGGGUCCCAAGACAGCAGGACAGAGCGCUAAGGGACAAGGACUUCCUUUGCUUUUUGGGGCAAUUGUCAUCCAAAUGAAAUCUCUUCCUCAGAAUGAAAUUCCCCACAGUGUGAGAUCCACCUGGGGUCUGCAGGAACUUCUGAGGUUGGCUCCUAGGUGAGUCAAUGGCUUGCCCCCAGCAGCCUCCCGAGAGAGGGUGGUGGAAUGCAUUCAAUGAGCUCUUCUGCCAGCCAAGGUGUGACUGAGGUGGCUGAGCCCUGUUCCAGGGCCACCAAGGCUCACUGGGGUCCUGCACAGGAAUGACUGGGCUUCAUGGGUCCUCUCUCUCAUCUUGAACUGUGUUUGUAACCAAGGAGACAAUAAAGGACUCUCACUGCAUGUGAGUGACAUGUCCCAUCUGUCACAGGCUGUCAGAGGACACAGGGUACAAGUCAGGAGUUGGGUCCAGUCAGCACCAGCCCUGGCACUGGCCCAAGGCCUUGGGUAGCUCCCAUCUCUCUGUGGAUUGGGGUUCCUCUCCAGGGCUGACUCACAGAGACCAGAGGGCUCUCUGCCAUCCCCGGGUUCUAGGAACAGGAAUCAUGGGAUUCUUCCCCUCUGAAGGUCAGGAUCCACUCUGCUCCAGGAACUGGCUUCUGAUGCCAUUGCUUUUGGGAGAAUUGAGCUAGCUCUGAGGCCAGACAGAGCGGGGCCCUAGUAUCUACUUCCUGGGGAACAGAACCCAGACCUGCUGGUGUAUUGGGUGAAAGCAAGGAGCAGAUUCUGGGAGCCUUGAACCUGCAACCUGGAAAUCUGGAACGCUUUCUAGGCAGUCUGGAAGGAGGUUGGCCUGGGGCUGUUUAGAAGUGAGGACUGGCCAGGUACUGGUGGCUCACACUUGUAAUCCUAGCUACUCAGGAGACUGAGA